AUGCGCGUGGGGCCCCCCACAACCGGGCAGCGAACGGGGCCACGAACUUCGUUCCAAACGUCCGCCGGCCGCUUGGACACUGUACUCCCGAGUUCGAGCUCGGUGAUCGGAUGGCGGCGGGCUGACAGCAGAGGCUCUGCGGUCCCGGGACCCGGGUUUCCCGGGAGCGAAGAGUGGGAAGCCCGUGGCCGGGCGCUUCCUCUCCGUCCUUCAGACAGGCUCCAGACCGAGACUGGUGCCCAGCGCGGCUGA